AUGGCUUCCGUCGAACAGACCCAGCAGACGGGCGUCAUCCUCACCACCGCCCUCGCCAGCCUCAUCACCGGCUACAUCUUUGGCAUGUACACCGCAAGAGGGUACCUCAUCUCGCCCGCCCUGGCCGAGGAGCGCCGGAGAUACCUCAGCGACCCUGUCGAGAGCGAGGAGAGCGACGUGGACGAGGACGACACACUGCUGGACCAUGCGCCGAACUGGGCUAACGGGUUCGAUGCGGAUCGGAGGCAGGGGCUUAAAGUGAACGAUGGGGGCCUUGCGGAGAAGAAGAACUUGAUGUUGGAGAGCAGCGAGGAGUGUAAGCUGGUGUUGGUUGUGCGGACGGAUCUGGGCAUGACAAAGGGCAAAAUCGCUGCUCAAUGCUCACACGCUACGCUUGCCUGCUACAAGGCCCUCGCUCGUGCCGACCCGGCCUCUGCCGAACGCAAGGUGCUCGCUCGAUGGGAACGAUUCGGGCAGGCCAAGAUUGCCGUACAGAUCAAGAGCCAGGCCGAGAUGCUGGAGCUGCGAGGCAAGGCUCGUGCUAUGGGGCUCACGGCUGAGGUGAUCCAGGAUGCUGGACGGACGCAGAUUGAGGCGGGGAGCAUGACGGUUUUGGGUGUUGGGCCGGGGCCAAAGAGCUUGGUGGACAAGGUGACGGGAGACCUCAAGCUGUUGUGA